AUGGGUAAGGGUAAGCCAAGAGGUUUGAACUCCGCUAGAAAGUUGCGUGUCCACAGAAGAAACAACCGUUGGGCUGAAAACAACUACAAAAAGAGACUUUUGGGUACUGCUUUCAAAUCUUCUCCUUUCGGUGGUUCAUCUCACGCUAAAGGUAUUGUCCUUGAAAAGAUCGGUGUGGAAUCCAAACAACCAAACUCUGCUAUCAGAAAAUGUGUUAGAGUUCAAUUGAUCAAGAACGGUAAGAAAGUUACCGCCUUUGUUCCUAACGAUGGUUGUUUAAACUUUGUCGAUGAAAACGACGAAGUGCUUUUGGCCGGUUUCGGUAGAAAGGGUAAGGCUAAGGGUGAUAUUCCAGGUGUUAGAUUCAAGGUCGUCAAAGUUUCUGGUGUCUCCUUGUGGGCUCUAUACAGGGAGAAGAAGGAAAAGCCAAGAUCUUGA